CAUGGACUUUCGGAAUGCCCGUGCCCGGCAGCCGGAGAUCGUGAGAUCCGUGCAGAAGGAUGCCCGGUACACCAACGAGCUGGCCGAAGACUUCUCCGAUGUACUGCGUCUCACUGGACCGAGGAACUGGAUAAAGUACAACCAGAUGUGCCGGCUGCUGGCGGAGCUGAGUUACCAUGGAUUCGCUUCGGCCAAUAGCCUGCAGACGCUGGGCGAGGAGUACACGGGGAUCAUACAGGUGGAUGGAAACUACAAGCAGAUUCCCAGUCGGUUGUUGCAACUCAUAGCCAUUGUCCUGGAGUUUGGAGGCGACUCCUUGUUCCAGCGACUGCUGCAAAAACUGGACACCUAUGUGGCCGAGCACGAGGAGAUUCGAGAGGAGGCCAAGCCGCAGCUCAAGAAGAUCAUUCAAAGACUGAGGCAUUCGCCCAGCUAUGUGAAGGCCCUGCACAAAUCACUAUUCUACUUGGACGCCGGCAAGUACCAGCUGUCCAAGCGCACCACCGGCAUCAACUACGUCCUCAUCCGCCACUGGCUGCAGCCGGAAUUCUCGCUCUACGGCUACAAGAUCCUGGGGGUGAUCACAUUCCUGCAGGUCAGCGUUUCGCUGGCCAUCAGUGGCUGGGAUGCCUGGCGGGAGCACAAGCGAAAGCAGCUGGAGGAGAUUAAGCAGGUCGGCAAGAAGUUCCUGCAACGGGGAUCGAGUGAAAAGGAUGCAGAUCCGGAUGCCCCGCAGUGCAUUCUUUGUUUGGAACCACGCAGCAAUAGCAGUUUGACUCCCUGCGGACACAUCUUCUGCUGGAGCUGCCUGCUCGGGUGGCUGGAGGAGCGGGACGAGUGUCCCUUGUGCCGGGAGUCGUUGAAGAAGUCACAAGUGAUACAACUACAGAACUAUGCCUAAGAUUGG